AUGGCUGACAGCUGUUUUCCUGGAAAUGCCAUGGCCAUUCCAGCUGUGCCCACCAUCUCCAUAUGCCCAAAUGGUGGCAACUUCCGAAAUGGUAUCUGUUUGCCUAGCUCUUGUCGGAAUAGGACAUGGCAACUGGUCACAUGCCAAGAAAACUGUCAGCCAGCCAGCAGUGCUCCAAGUGGCUGUGAACCUGUUCCUUGCCAACCAACCUGCCUUCCAGCAACUUCUUGCAUGGGUUUUGUUUGCCAACCCAUUUGCUCCUGCAGCGCUUGCUAUGAAUCCAGCACUGGUCAUUCUCCUUGUCUGAUUAGCUUGUGCCAGCCUUCCUGCUCGGAAUCCACUGGUGGUCAGGCAAAGUGCUGUGACGUCAGCCCCUGCAAACAAAGCUCCCACCAGGAACCUGUGUUCGUGUCCAGAUUGUGCCAGGCAGCUUGUAGCCAAUCAGUCUGCAGUGACACUAAGUCAUGCCAGCCAUCCUGCUCUGAGGUAACUUCCUGUCUUGAAACAUCUUGUCCACCAACCGUCUGUGCAGCUAGUCCAUGCCAGCCAACUUGCUGCCAAGCAGGUUCAUGUCAACCCACUGGUGGUGAAGACCAGCCCCGUAAAUCAACUUAUUACCAACCCAUCUGCUACAUUUUCAAGACUUGCCAAUCGGUUCCCUACAUGCCUGCUCCCUGCCAGCCACCGACUUGUGCGUUCAGUUCUUGCAAUCCUGCUUGCUGUGUGUCCUCCCCUUGCCAGUCACUGCACUGCCAGCCAGCUUCUUCCAUACCUUUCAUCUGCCAGCCAGUGGCUAACUGCCAGCCCCCAGCUUCCUGUGGCACCAUGCUUUCUGGCCGACCAACGUGUGGCAGACCCACUUCCUGCAACCCCAAUGGCUGCAAAUCCCCUUCCUACCAACCAGCCUGCUGUGUGACAGGCUUAGGCAGAUCAUCCAGUGGUGGCUCCAACUGCUUCCAAGCAACACCCCCACAUCUCGGCAAAGGCAGCACCUACUUGCCGACUUCCUGCCAACCCAGCCGCGAGUUGUCCAGCUUCUGUAAGGCAACAUGUGGUUGA